AUGGGGGUUCCGUUAGUCUGCCACGGGCAUUCUCGUCCCGUCGUCGAUGUCUCUUACAGUCCGGUGACUCCAGAUGGCUUCUUCCUCAUUAGCGCCAGCAAAGAUUCGAACCCGAUGUUGAGGAAUGGGGAGACUGGUGAUUGGAUAGGAACUUUUGAAGGACACAAGGGAGCAGUUUGGAGUUGUAGCCUUGAUAAAAAUGCUAUGCGUGCUGCCUCAGCUUCUGCAGAUUUCACUGCGAAAAUAUGGAAUGCAUUGACUGGAGAUGUAUUGCACUCCUUCGAACACAAGCACAUUGUUCGUGCAUGUGCCUUCUCAGAUGACACUCACCUCUUGCUCACUGGUGGAAUGGAGAAAAUUCUUCGGAUAUUCGAUUUGAAUCGGCCAGAUGCACCACCAAAAGAAGUUGGAAGUUCUCCUGGUUCAAUCAGAACCGUCGAAUGGCUUCAUAGUGAUAAAACCAUCUUAAGCUCUUGCACAGAUACCGGUGACAUUAGGUUAUGGGACAUAAGAAGUGACAAGAUUGUUCAAACGUUAGAAACAAAGUCCCCAGUUACUAGUGCUGAAGUAAGUCCAGAUGGGCGAUACAUAACUACUGCUGAUGGAUCUAGUGUUAAGUUCUGGGACGCCAAUAACUUUGGAUUGCUGAAGAGCUAUGACAUGCCUUGCAACGUUGAAUCGGCGUCCUUGGAACCGAAACACGGCAAGACUUUCAUUGCUGGAGGAGAAGACAUGUGGGUCCACAGGUUUGAUUUCCAGACUGGAGAGGAGAUUGGGUGUAACAAGGGUCACCACGGGCCAGUGCACUGCGUGAGGUAUGCACCAGAAGGAGAGUCGUACACGUCAGGCUCAGAAGACGGGACGGUAAGAAUAUGGGAGGUUGGUACGGUGAACCAUGAGGAGAGCAAUAAUCUGAGCGGUCACGUGAAGCUUGUUGCAGAGGAGGUUGUGCGUAAAGCUGAGACUCUCUGCUCUCCUCCUGGUUUUGGCUUUUCUUCCAUUUCCGUCCUCAAUUCGCUUGCUCUCCAGCUGCACUCUAUCAGUGCCUGUGAUCUUAUCGGAGGAGAAGAAAUGUUCGCCCUUUCCAAGGUUUUACGGAGAAGCCAGAGUCUCCGACUAGGAGCUCGCAAUGCUGUGUACUACUCUAAGCUAGAGCUACCAUUGGGAGAAAGGAACAGUUCUUCUGAACCAAACGCUUUGAUACAUGACAAGCACGGAGCUUUCCCUAGAUUUCACGAGCGCUCAUGGAGUUCCUCCACCGGAAGACGUUCACUAUCUUCUGAUGCCGGCGCUAAAAGUGCCGGAGAGGAAGAAGACCUCGAAAACAGGACUUCAGAUCUUGAAGGUGAUAGUGAUAGCGAUGACGGGGUCACCUCUCAGGAGGAGCUCUCCGGUGAUGAAGAUGAUAUUGAAGGAGCAGAGCUGGAACUCCACGUCCCUGACUCCGAGGCUGGUAAAAGAACGGCAAGCAAGAGAUCGUCAGAGCUGUUUCAGGCCAUUGUUGCUUUCUCAGGUGUGUCUGUAGGGAGUGCACUUGAUAAAUGGGUUGAAGAAGGCAAAGAGAUCAACCGCACAGAGAUUGCAAAUGCCAUGUUACAACUCCGUAGGCGUCGCAUGUAUGGGAGAGCAAUGCAGAUGGCAGAGUGGUUGGAAGAAAGUAAGAAAAUUGAAAUGGAGGAGAGGGAUUAUGCUACACGGCUUGAUCUGAUUGCUAAGGUGCGUGGCGUGUUCAAAGCAGAAGCAUACAUCGAGAAAAUACCGGAAUCUUUCAGAGGGGAAAUGGUCUACCGUACGCUCCUGUCGAAUUAUGCUGCAGAGAGCAAUGUGAGGAAAGCUGAAGAAGUGUUCAACAAAAUGAAGGACUUGGGGUUCCCUCGCUCCUUGUUUGCAUGUGAUCAGAUGCUUAUGCUAUACAAGAGAGUUGACAAGAAGAAGAUUGCAGAUGUGUUGUUGGUCAUGGAGAAGGAGAAUCUGAAGCCGAGUCUUUUCACUUACACAAUCUUGAUUGACGCCAAAGGAUCAUCACAUGACAUUAGUGGGAUGGAAGGAAUCAUGGAGGCGAUGAAAAGUGAAGGUGUUGAGCUUGACGUUCGUGCACAAGCUUUUGUGGCAAGACACUAUGCAUUAGCUGGGGUUAAGGACAAGGCUGAGAAAGUUCUGAGAGAGAUGGAAGGUGAAAACUUGGAGGCGAAUCGGCAUGUGUGCAAGGAUUUGCUUUCCAUCUAUGGUACUCUCCAGAUGGCGGAUGAGGUGAACAGAAUUUGGAAGAUCUGUGAGGAGAAUCCUCGUUUUGACGAGUCCCUUGCUGCAAUCUUGGCUUUUGGAAGGAUCAAUCAAGUGAAAGAAGCAGAGGCGGUUUUUGAGAAGAUGGUGAAGAUGGGUCAUAGAGUUUCUUCUAACACGUACUCCGUUCUCUUGAGGGUUUAUGUGGAUCACAAGAUGGUUUCAGAAGGUAAGGAUCUUGUUAAGAGGAUGUCGGACAGCGGUUGCAAGAUCGGUGCCUUGACAUGGGACUCACUGAUCAGGCUCUACGUGGAAGCUGGUGAUGUAGAAAAGGCUGAUUCUUCGCUGGUGAAGUCCACACAGUUGAAGCAGAUAAAGCCGUUGAUGAGCUCAUUCAUGUAUGUGAUGGACGAGUAUGCAAGAAGAGGUGAUGUUCACAACACUGAGAAGAUCUUCCAGAGGAUGAGACAAGCUGGCUAUCUAUCUCGCUUCAGGCAGUUCCAAACUCUGAUCCAGUCUUAUGUCAAUGCCAAAGCUCCUGCUUAUGGAAUGAAGGAUAGAAUGAAAGCUGAUAACAUCUUCCCCAACAAAGGUUUGGCUGCUCAGCUGGCCAAGGCUGAUCCUUUCAAGAGGACGCAUCUCUCUGAUAUCCUGGAUUGA